AUGGAACACGAUCAGAGCCAGGGAUUGAUCUUGCAGCUUCUUCUCGAGGACCUAGACCAUCUCGAAAAUAAGCAGAAGGGAAAACAAGCUGCAGGGAAACGGACUGAUUUUGAAACCGCCCUCAUGUACAUGAGGGACGAAGUUAUGGCCGCCCAGAAUUCCAUUGAAGAUGGAAUAUUGGCUCUCAGCACGAGCACAGCGAUCGCUACCGAUCAGAAUCUACUGGCAUCUAUUAGACAUGAUGAAAGAAUUGCUGAGCAGGACCGUCGAUACGCGCUUGCUCUGGACAAUGAAAAGUCAAACCCUCAAGAUGUCUCAUCUAUCUUAACGAAGAGCAAAGUGGCAUCGACAGAUGAGAAUGAGGAUGCCAUUUCCGUUGUGAUAGGAGAUCUAAUGGGUCGUAUGACGCUCAACGAUGGUUCGGUUAAUGGAGAAGGUUCCUCACGUCAUAUAGCCUCAUCUAAAAUGGCAAAUCUUGGAAAAGACUGCGAUUCCUGCUUUGAAAAGUGUGAUGUUCCGAUGUUUGCGGUGCCCUGUGGCCAUAAAUUCUGCCGUGAUUGCACGAGGCAGAUGUUUCUCGGAGCAAUCAAAGACGAGGAGCUGUAUCCACCCCGCUGUUGUAGUAACAUCGUGCCACCUGGGAUUGCUCUACGAGUUCUAAGCUACGAUGAGCUCCGGGCUUUUGGUGAAAGGGCAAUUGAAUGGACCACUAAGGAUCGACUUUACUGCGCUGAACCAACAUGUUCCAGGUUCAUUCCUCCAUUUGCCAUUCAGGAUGACCACGGAACUUGUCUGGAAUGCCAUCAGCAGACGCAUUUACCAUGUCGUUCCUUCGCACACCCCGGUGUUGACUGCCCAAUGGAUGGCGCACUUCAUAGUGUCCUAGCAAUGGCGGACGCUGAGAAUUGGAGGCGAUGCUUCAAUUGUCGAACUAUGGUAGAGCUCCAACACGGCUGCAACCAUAUCACCUGUCGGUAA